AUGGACAACUUCGGUUAUCGCGAAAUGGGGUGGCCUUCACCCCUACAAACACCAACCCCUUCUACAAAUAGAUCUCGUUUGACAAGAAGCUAUAGUUCACGGUCAAAGGAACCUGAAGAAUUUCCACUGAAAGGCAUAUUUAAACAUGUCCGAAACAUUGAUUUAUUGGAAUCAGCGUCAGAACAUGGAAAGGCUAAAGAAUACUUGUUUGUCGGCCCUUCACCGCCAGCGGAAGAUGGAUCAAAUAUGUACCACAGUUUUGACAUUAUGGCACCGGACCCUGAGGCCAGGUUAACAGAAGACAUGAUAAGGAGAUCUCUCUGUGAAAAAGCGUAUACAUUAGGAGCUGUAAGAUUCUUUGAUGAUGUGGAAUGUGGCCUAAUCACAUCUGAUAAUAUUGAAGAGCACAUUUCUUCGGCUCCAGAAGUUGUCGUUAAUUUAACUUUAUUAUGGGCAGCGUUUCUUACAAGAGAUGAGCUAUUACCACCUAUCGUGGAAGCGGGCGCUGAUAUUCACUAUUCGGAACCGGCAGGACUGACUGCUCUUCACUUAUCCGCUUUUAGCGGCGCUAGCAGAUCUGUAACGUAUUUAUUGUCUGUAGGUGCCGAUGUUGAUUACGCUCCUAAAUACUUUGCUCCUUUACAUUGUGCUGCAUUUGGAAACUCUCUUGAAGUAGCUGAAGUAUUGGUAGCUCAUGGUGCCUCGUUGCAUGCAGUGGUACAACGAGCUGGAUGCGAAGAUAAUCUAGUUCACUGUGCUGUAAGAAAUGAUGCUUUAGAAUGCAUGGAAUUAUUCAUAGAAAAAGGUGUUGAUCCCAGUUACGCUACUUCAGAAGGACUCAAUGCAUUACACUUAGCUGCAGAGCUUGGUGCUUUAAGAUGUCUUGCUUUCUUGUUGAAAGAAACUAAAUUAAGUGUAAAGGGAUCAACAAAACAAAGAGAUAAAGAAUGUACGGCUUUGCAUUUGGCGGCUUCAAGAGGUUAUGCUGAGUGCAUUGAACUUUUAUUAUCUGAAGGUGCUCAAGCGAAUAUUAGAAAUUAUCGAGGAUUUACUGCUCUUCAUUUAGCCGCUAGAUGUUCGAGUAUAGAAUGUGUCGAAGUACUUUUGCGUGAUGGAAAUGCAGAUCCUAAUGCAGAAGAUCAUGAUAAGCGAACGCCUUUACAUGCUGCUAUAUGUAAUUCUGAACGCGCCUGUGAUAUCAUUGAAAUGCUAGUUAGUUGGGGUGCUCACACUAAUAAAAAAGAUGAAUACGGUUAUUCUCCUUUACAUUUGGCUGCUAUGGAUGGUCUAACACAAUGUGUGGAAACUUUGAUUAUUUUAGGCGCAGAUGUGACAUCAAAAUCAAAGAAAGGCCAUUCUGCGUUAAACGUUAUAGUUAGAAAGACACCAAAGUCCUUAAGUAUAUUGAGAAAUAAUUUGGAUAGUGGAAUUUCAUUAAGUAGAUCCAUAGAAAGUAAUGAAGAAGUGCAAAUUGAAUUCGAUUUUGGUAAACUUCUGAAAUAUUCUUAUCCUCGUGAAAUCACAUAUUUAAACAGUUUGAUUGAUGAAGGCCAAAAAGAUAUUUUGCAACAUCCACUGUGUUCAGCGUUUCUUUUUAUGAAGUGGCGCAAGAUACGAAAAUUUUACUUAGCGCGAUUAAUAUUUUGCUUCCUGUUUGUUUCGUUCUUAUCUAUAUAUGCACUGACAGCAGUGGUUAAAACCUGUGAUGGCGUUAAUUCAAAAAAAUAUGGUGUACCCAAUGAACUCUGUCAAAAACAGUCAUUGCUUGGUGAUAUAUUAGAAGAUAAUCCUAUCGAAUUCGAGAGGUGGGUGUUGAUAGGUAUUACUGCAUUCGAAAUAGUACGAAAACUAGCAGGUAUAACUGGCUACUCAAGUAUGUAUCAAUACUUUACAAGUUUUGAAAAUUUAAUGGAAUGGUUUGUCCUUCUUUCUGUAUUCUCCUUGUACAAUAUACAAAAGGAAUAUGGAUGGCAAAAUCAUGUAGGAGGUUACGCGGUGCUUGGGGCAUGGACGAAUUUAAUGUUAAUGAUGGGUCAGCUUCCUAUGUUUGGUGAUUACGUCGCUAUGUAUCAGAAAGUGUUGACUGAAUUUUUAAAAUUAUUAUUGGCGUACAUUUGUUUGUUACUUGGUUUUACUAUAUGCUUUUGUGUCGUAUUUCCUAACGAGGAGAUGUUCUCGAACCCUUUGAUGGGGUUCAUCAGCACGUUAUCUAUGAUGGUAGGUGAACUUAAUUUAAACAUAUUAAUAAACGACCCAAUUCUCGAUGAUCCUCCAUUAAUAUCAGAAUUAUCUUGCCAAUUAAUUUUUAUUCUCUUCCUUAUGUUUGUUACUAUUAUAUUAAUGAAUUUAUUAGUAGGUAUUGCGGUUCAUGAUAUCCAAGGUCUUAGAAAAACGGCAGGUCUGUCUAAGCUUGUUCGUCAAACAAAACUUAUUUUAUUCGUUGAAGUGGGCAUGUUUAACACUUGGCUGCCUAAGUGUUUACAGAAAUUUAUAUACAGAACAGCGUUAGUAUCUCCCGAAGCUGGAAAGGUUAUAUUGAGCGUGAAACCUUUGAAUCCUCACGAAAAGAGGUUGCCAACUGAUAUAAUGAUGGCUGCGUAUGAAUUGGCCCAAAUAAAUAAGUUGAAAUCAGGCAGAUCAGUUAAGGAAAUGCUAUACAAGAAUAAGUAUGCAUCGAAAUUUAAAAAUGAAAAUCAAUCGAACGACCAAAACUUUAAUAUUGAAAUUAGAGGAAUGCAAGAAAAAAUUGAUCAUACCACGUUCAAUUUGAAGAAAAUAGAUCAAGAGAUGAAGCAUUUAAAUAAUUUGUUAAUGGAACAAAGUCAAUUAUUGCAGAAUAUAAUAAAGUUGCUCGAUAGAUCUGCCUAUUCCCAGUACACUGUAGAGUCUCCGAUUUUCUUCCCUAGCAAUGUUACUGAUAUUUCUUCAAAG